UGAAUGGGCGGCUUAUUCUUGCUUAUUCUGCUUCCUCUUUUUCUUCUUUUUCUUCUGUAUUGUUGUACCAGUUUAUUUCAUUGACUUGUGAUGGAGUUGGAAUGCAGAGAACAAGCUGAUGAACGAGCAAGAUGAACCUCUAGAGCUGAAUGAAGUGGAGGAGAAACUUCAGGAUCAUAAACAUCAUGAUUUAAUACCUGGAGAAAAAUCUUUGAGUGGCUCAAAGACUAAGAAGAAUUUCUCACCAAAAAAGCCUCAAAGAAGAGCAGCCAAAAAUAAUUCCACCUGCACUCAAUGUGGAAAGAGUUUCACAUAUCAAUGCGAGCUUAAUACACACAUGAGAGUUCAUACCGGAGAAAAGCCUUACACGUGCCAUCAGUGUGGAAAAAGUUUUGCACAUACACGAAAUCUCAAAUGUCAUCUUCAUCGUCACUCUGAAGAAAGACCAUUUCAAUGUGACAAGUGCUGCAAAACAUUUGUUUUGGCAAAGUACCUAAAAAAUCAUCUGAAAACUCACACAAAUGAGAAGCCUUACAAGUGUUACACAACUUUUUGUGGAAAAAGUUUUUCAUGCUUGUCCAAUUUAAAAGAGCACCAGAAAAUACAUACUGGUGCAGGGGUUCAUAUGUGCUUUGAAUGUGGGAAGAUCUUUACUAAUGCCAGCAACUUGAAACAGCACCAAAUAAUUCAUACUGGAGAAAAACCUUACAAGUGUUCACACUGUGGAGAGCAUUUCACUCAUUCAAAACAACUGAAAAUACAUGAGAGAAUUCAUACGGGAGAAAACCCUUACAGGUGCUCACACUGUGGAAAGAGUUUCACUCGGUUAGAAGUCCUGAAAAGGCAUGAGAGAAUUCAUACUGGAGAGAAACCUUACAAGUGCUCACACUGUGAAAAGGGUUUCACUCAGUCAGAAAACCUGAAAAGGCAUGAGAGAAUUCAUACUGGAGAGAAACCUUACAAGUGUUCACACUGUGGAAAGAGUUUUACUGUGCCACAAAACCUGAAAAGACAUGAGAGAAUUCAUACUGGAGAAAAACCAUUCAAGUGUGAGCACUGUGGUAAGAGUUUCACUCGGAUAGAAGACCUGAAAAUACACAAGAGAAUCCAUACUGGAGAAAAACCUUACAAGUGCUCACACUGUGAAAAGAGUUUCACUCAGUCAUACAGCUUGAAAAUACACAAGAGAAUUCAUACUGGAGAGAAACCUUACAAGUGUUCACACUGUGGAAAGAGUUUUAUUCAGAUAAAACACCUGAAAACACAUGAGAGAAUCCAUACUGGAGUGAAACCAUACAAGUGCUCAUACUGUGAAAAGAGUUUCACUGUGUUACAAAACCUGAAAACACACAAGAGAAUCCAUACUGGAGAGAAACCUUACAUGUGCUUACACUGUGAAAAGAGUUUCACUCAGAUAAAACACCUGAAAACACAUGAAAGAAUCCAUUCUGGAGAAAAACCAUUUAAGUGUUCACACUGUGGAAAGUGUUUCACUCGGUUAGAAAACCUGAAUACACAUGAAAGAAUUCAUACUGGAGUGAAACCUUACAUGUGCUUACAUUGUGAAAAGAGUUUCACUCAGUCAGAAAACCUGAAAAGGCACGAGAGAAUUCAUACUGGAGAAAAACCUUUCAAGUGUCAAACUGUUGAAGGGGUGGAUUUUUGAAACCUUUUAUAUUUGCAAGUUCUAGACUUAUGACAUGUGAUUGCUGUAGACAAAACCCUCAAUUAAUUGUUAUUUUAUCAAAGUAGCUGCCAUAACUCAUUGCUGUAACUUGACAGCUGCUCAUAUGUUUUGUAAAACUGUUUGGGAACUUGCUUUAUUAUGGCUUCGAAGUUAAUGUGUGCUUGAAGGUAUCACAAGUAUCCCAUAUUUGUAAAAUGUUAAAAUGUUUAAAGUCAGUGGCCUAUCAAACUCUCAGAAAAUGUUGUACUGCGAUGCCUCUAAAUUCAAUUUGCAUAUGACUAUAAUUGCUUGUGACUGUUUUUGAAUGGGCGGCUUAUUCUUGCUUAUUCUGCUUCCUCUUUUUCUUCUGUUUCUUCUGUAUUGUUGUACCAGUUUAUUUCAUUGACUUGUGAUGGAGUUGGAAUGCAGAGAAC